CGAAAAACACACACUCUGGGGCUCUUUUGACUAUUGAAUGGCUGACGCAUUCAAUGGACGCCAGCGCAUCGCCAGCAUGGCCCUCUUCACAAUGCACUGUUCAAAUACUUCGUAACUGUACACUUGACAUUCCUGCCGUGCCCUUGUCAUUCUGCAUAUCUCCCCGAAAACCGCCAUGUCUGCCUCCCCAGGCCAUUACCCAGAUGAUGAGGAGAAAUCUGUCGCCGGACUUGAAGAUACUAAAGAUGUGUACGUGAUCGAAGCAGCGCCAGAUCGCGUGAUCGUAAGGCGUUUUGGUAAAUUGGGACCCCUUCUAUCGAGACUCUUUGCAAGCGGUGUCGAAGCCCGUGGAGUAGAGCGUAUGCCAGAAAACCAGCGCGAGUCGAAAAAUGCCUGGAAUAACAUCCUAAUGUGGUGGUCUGUUAACACAGUGUUUGAUAUGAUUCCCAUCGGCGUGCUCGCACAGUCAACUUUUACUUUGAGUUUCGGUCAUGCUGUAGCUACUAUCCUCUGCUUCGGCGCUCUCGGGGCCGUCGCGACAGCGUUUGUUGCUACCCUCGGCCCCAUAACGGGCCUCCGCACUAUGAUCAUCACCCGUUUCAGCUCGGGAUAUCUCGGUUGUACCAUCUACUCAGUCCUCAACAUCCUCACGCAGCUUGGCUUUGCCACGACGACUGUUAUUCUUGGAGGUCAAACCCUGUCCAACAUCAUCCCUGGUACCCUUCCGUCCAUAGUUGGAAUCAUCAUCAUUGGUGUGUGCUCCCUCAUCCCGUGCAUUGUCGGGUACAACAUGGUGCACGUCUACGAGCGCUAUGCAUGGAUAAUUACCCUGAUCAGCAUGCUCUUCCUUUGGGGUCUUGGCGGAAAAGCCGGAUAUGACAUCAACGUGCAAAAGCCACUUGGGGACACAGGGCACGCCCUCUCAGCAGACAUUCUCAGCUUCGGCGGGAUCGUAUUCGGCUUAUUCACUGGGUGGGCGCCAGUCGCGGCGGACUUUAACUGUCGGCUUCCCGCCGAUACACCACCUAUGCGCGUAUUUCUGCUUACGUUCUUCGGCUUGUUCAUCCCUAUUUGCUUUGUCGUGAUUCUCGGCACCGCCCUUAUGACCAUCACGGACCCUGCAUACGUCGCAGCGUUCAGAGGCGGUUCAACGGGUGGCCUUGUUGCGCAGGUCCUCUCGCCAUUGGGUCAUUUCGGCCAGUUUAUCCUCGUCCUGCUCGCGCUUUCUCUCAUUGCCAACAACAUCCCGAAUACUUACUCCGCGGGCUUGUCCAUGCAGGCACUUGGACGCCCGUUCGCCAUUAUUCCGCGCUUCUUCUGGGUACUGCUAGCCUUCGUGGUGUACACUGUUGCUGGUAUCGCAGGCCACGAGCAUUUUAUUACCAUCCUUUCCAAUUUCCUCAGAAUUCUCAGUGACUGGACGGCAUUCUUCAUUGUGAUCGUAGCUGAGGAACACUUCAUCUUCCGGCGGAAAAACGGACCACUUGGUGGGUACAACUUGGAUGAUUACGAUACGCCAUCAAAACUACCAGUAGGCGUAGCGGGUAUCCUUGCGGGGUGCUUUGGUGUCGCAGGUGCUGUCGUUGGGAUGUCACAGGCGUUGUACACAGGCCCACUUGGAGAGAUGGUAGGAGCAGAGAUCGGGUUUGAGCUCGCAGCAGCAUUUUCAGCUGUUACUUACCUUCCAUUGCGUGCGCUUGAAAUUAGGCUCACUGGUCGAUGAAUGGAAGUCUGCUGGUGCUGAUGUCAGCGAAGUGGUCCAAAGGAUUAUGAUAUACAUUUAUGUGCGUGGCUUACGUAUUAAGACGGAUGGCUAGAUCAUCCGGUAGAGCCAGCAGAGGCAAUAUAUUUCGAAGCGUCGAGGGUAGGAGUCGACCCCUUCAUAGUGUUGUUGGCAGAUUAUUGCCGUUCUGGCAGAACGGCAGAACUUGGUGUCCCCAACUCAUGCAGUAGAUCAUAUUUCGGGUGUAAACAAAUAUUGUCC